GAUCGAUCCUCUCGGCCGUGGUGGAACUGCCCGUGUGCAGGAUCGACGUGCCGUGAGCGAGCUCGCGGAGCGAGACCGCGAGUGUAGAGUGGGAGAUACGAAGGUAUAAAACCGAUCUGAUGGUCUCUUGCCAGCCAGUCCAAAGGCCAGAUGCGACGGCGGCUCUAGUCGCACGCGUGCGAGAGAGACGAUCACGAAACGGCGUGCGGAACUCAUAUAUAUAUAUAUAUAUCUAUCUAUAUAUAGAAAUAUACGAAUAUAUUUAGAUAUAUAAAGGAAAAAGAUUCGCACGUGAUUCGAACGCUAGGAUCAAUCCCCCAACAAUAAUUUUCUUUUGUAUUCUUCUUUCGUGAAUCCGUGCACGAUUUUCUAAAAAAAAAAGAAAAGAAAGAAAUCGUAGAAAGGAAAAAAAGAAAAAAAGAAUCAGGAAAGGUAGACCCGAACACCAAGGAGGAACCCACCUGUUGCUAUACUACAUAGAAACGCAAGUAGAGAGAAAGGAACAGGACUCGUUCGUCCUGCUCUCAGCUCGUAUAUCCGAGGGAGAGAAAGGACGUGGUAGCAGAUAUUGGCUAUCAGCUAGUCUAAUACGAGGUCAAAGUUCCUAUAUUCUUGCAGAGGGUUCUAGACUUAGAAUUUGAUCGGUUUGCCAAAGAGAAAAAAAGAGAGAGAGAGAGAGAGGGAGGAUAGUCGUCACGGGGCAUGCGUUAAAUUUUUCGGGGACGAUCGAGUGGGCUUUCUUGUGGAAUCCGUGAUAAAUUAAAGGGACAGAGAAAGAGAGAGAUAGAAAGAGAAAUAGAGAUAGAGAUAGAAACAGAAAUAAAAGACAAGUGAAACUUGGAAGAGAGCAGCUUCUGAAUAAAACAAUUCGAUCGAUCGAAGCUAAACGAAUGAUGAAGAUUGAAGAGUCAUCGACCUUUACUAAUCACGAGCAGGAGAGUGCUCUGUCCAGUUGCUUUCACGAGGAAUCAACACCGCACGGCAUGUCAGGGAUUCAAAUAAACGUCGAAGAAGCAUCUAACGAUGGGCACAAGAACGUUGUUAGACACAUCGAGACGACGGCGGUGGCAACGGAUAGCCCGCUUUCCUGGCACAUCCCAAGGCCGUCCUUAGGAUGUCCCAAGGCUGGACGAACCGAGAAAGACAGCGAGAAUGGAAGCUGGGCACACCAUCACCACCACCAUCAUCAUCAUCAUCAUUUGCAUCCUGAUUCUCCAUCGAGAGGAUCGACUUCGUCUCAGGGAUCCACCGCCAGUACACACAGCGCAGCGUCGGGAACAUUGCUGCUUACAGCUGCGAAUUUGGCCAAUCUUGCUGCGAUGCAUCCACCAACGGUAACAACACCGAAACAGAUGGAUACAGCAUCGGUGGCAAGCAGUACGCAUUUUACGGUCGUGAACGGCCUCGGCAGACCGACCACCGUCUACAGGAAGUCCUGGUGUGCGAGGAAUCAGCUCACCGUACUUGUCUGCACGAUGAGCUUCCUCUUCAUGGUCGGCCUCCUAGCAGGGAUCCUCUUCAUGGAAAUGAGGGCUCGCGACAAGUACAAUUAGGCCGAGAUCGAGAAAUCGAGAGAAGAGAGCGAACGUGUCUUUGGUCGUCGUGAAAGCAAGCAUGCAUGCAUGCAUGCAUGCAUGCAUUCAUACAUACUUCGUCGUGGUAAGAUCGAACUUUCAAGGAGAGAAGUAGGAAAAGAAAAAGAAGAAAAAGAAGAAGAAGAAGAAGAAGAGCAACAACAUAGAAGGAUCUUUUCGAUGAUAAUCGAGUGCGACUUGCUACGAGUCACGACGAGUUACUCUGUUAACUUCGUAUUUAUAUAAGCGCGAGUCUUGUAAAUCACGUUUUUAAUGAGUUAAGACCAUUCGCGGUAGAGAUAGAAUUUUAAGGCUGUAUUGCACCCUGUCAAAAGUGCGGUACGUGAAUUCCAGUAAUUACAUUUGUGUAAUGAGCGACCGUUUCAAGUGAGCGAGCGCGGCUGAUAGCAUAACGAGAUCCUCGCGUUAUGAACACUUGUAUUAUAAUUUAUACUGUUGACUAACGAAACCUCUAGACCGUCGUCCGAAUCCCGAUGUUUACGAGAUACGAUCCAGAAGUAUGUAGGACAACAAAAACGUCAAUUACAACGAUCUGUUUAGAUCGUAGGUUUCUUUUUUUUUGCUCUUGACUUUUAAUUGUUGAUAAACACGGUUCUCGAGCGAUUUAACGUGCAUUGUAAAUCGCGUUCGAUGUCCUAAUUAAUUCGACGAUAAAGAUUUCCUUCGACGAUAAUAAUUUGUAGAAAUUUUUACAGUUUAAAAAUAUCGACGAAACGAGACGACGACAGAGAAUAUUAACUUUUAGGAACCGUAAUUUAAUUCUUACUAACACGAAAUGCCUAAAAUCAAACCUGGAUUAUUCCGUCGUGGUGUCGUUCCAGGAUCAAUACGUUGGAAAAGAAAUGAAGGAUGGUCGCGUCGAUCGUACUUCACGACUGUGAUAUUACUUGCGUAUUAAUUAAUCGUCGAUUCAACAAGAAACUGUCGAAACCUA